CACAGCGCCCACCUCCGCCAGGCCCUGGCGCCACUACGGUCCGCAGUAUCGAGCCCCCUUGCGUCGAGCACCACUGCCCACCGCCCAAGAAAAACAAGGCGAACGCCUCACCUCCAAGCCGUGCGUCCACUGUCCUUGCUGCCGCCGCUCUAGUUCCAUCACCGAAGCCGGUAAGCUUCUCCGACCAUCUCUCCUAUCUCGGUCUCUCUGUCUAUCUCACUCUCUCGGUCCCGCAAGGCUAACACCCAUUUCGGGUUUCAAAAUCCCUAAACCGUGCCUCCCCUCCGGCCACCUUCACUGUCUCGCUGCCGCUCUUCGCCGGUCAGCUUCUCUCUCUCUACCCAUUUCUUACUUUCUUUCCCUUCUCUCUGUCUCCUCUUCUCUCCCUCUUCAUCCCGCCAUCUCCCCCACCCAGGCCACCAGCCACCCCCAUCAUCAGAAAAAACGCCCCAACCGCUCGGCCUCAUUUCCACUCCUCUCUGAGUCGAACCCAAGCCCAGAAAAUCUUCCCAAAGCCUCCAACCUUCAACUGGACCACACACGGGGACAGCAAAGCCGUUAAAGCUCGGAACACGGGAGAUCUUCCAGAAACCUCCAUUGUGCACGGUGAUGGCUGCAGGAUUUGCUUCAACAUCAUCUCACGUUGGUCGUUCAUUGUUGCGAUGCCUCAGCAACAACUUGUCGAGUGUACUUGGCACAUCUCAUGGGAUAGCUUGCUGCAAUUUGUUAUCGCAGCAGCAAAGGACUUUCAUUCAGAUGCGAACUGUUCUUAAAGUUGUGGACAACUCGGGGGCUAAAAAGGUGAUGUGCAUACAAGCUUUAAAGGGGAAGAAAGGUGCAAGACUGGGAGACACAAUAGUUGCAUCUGUCAAGGAAGCCCAUCCAAAUGGAAAAGUGAAGAAAGGAAAAGUUGUAUAUGGUGUGGUUGUGCGUGCCGCAAUGCAACGCGGCCGCUGUGAUGGCAGUGAGGUCAAGUUUGAUGACAAUGCCGUGGUGCUUGUCGACAAGCAAGGCCAACCCAUUGGGACUAGAGUCUUUGGGCCCGUCCCACAUGAACUGAGGAAGAAAAAGCAUGUUAAGAUUCUUACUUUGGCGGGGCAUAUUGCUUAGAGUAUGCCGAGGGACACAGCCUAGCACGGCUUAACUAGAUAUUGAGCAUAUGCUUGGUUUGACUCUUGAAAUUAUAAAAAGAGAAAAGAAUCGAAAGGAAUGUCUCUUGUCCGUCGAUUUUAAACCUAAACUUUCAAAUAAUGUAGUAGUGCCUGCCAUUGAUUUUCACUA